AUGAGCAUGUUCAGCACGCGGGCACUCACACUCCUGUCCUCGGUGUUUGGGGCGUGCGGCCUGCUCCUGGUGGGCGUGGCUGUGUCCACAGACUACUGGCUGCUGAUGGAGGAGGGCGUCAUUCUGCAGCAGAACCAGAGCAUGGAGGUCAGGAUGGCCCUGCACUCCGGCAUGUGGAGGGUCUGCUUCGUGGCAGGACCUGAAAAGGGGAGAUGUGUAGCAUCGGAAUACUUCACCACUGAAGCUGAGAUCGACAUCGUGACCGAAAACACUGCAAAUAUACUAAAGAUGGUACGGACGGCCACACCGUUCCCCAUGGUUUCGCUGCUUUUCGUCUUCACCGCCUUCGUCAUCAGUAACAUCGGACACAUCCGGCCCCAGCGCACCAUCCUGGCCUUCAUCUCUGGAAUCUUCUUCAUCCUCUCAGGGCUGAGCCUGGUGGUGGGCCUGGUCCUCUACAUCAGCAGCAUCAACGACGAGGUGAUGAACCGGCCACGUGAGCCCGAGCACUUCUUCCACUACCACUACGGCUGGUCCUUCGCCUUCGCUGCCAGCUCCUUCCUCCUCAAAGAGGGGGCCGGGGUGAUGUCAGUGUACCUCUUCAUGAAGCGCUACGCCGAGGAGGAGAUGUACCGGCCCCACCCAUCCCUCUACCGCCCCCGCCUGUCCGAGUGCAGCGACUACAGCGGCCAAUACCUUCACCCCGAGUCGUGGCCUCCUCCAAAGAGGGGCCGCAGCGCGUCUGAAGUCUCCAGCGACAUCUCCAUCCAGCUGAACCAGACGCCCCCGCCGCCCAAGGGCAGCUCCAUGCAGCAGCAGCAGCAGCAGGCCCCAUCCUCUGGCCCCUCCUCGGGCGCCAGCUACCAGCAGUCCUCCUCCUCCUCCUACCCCCACCACUCCAUGUCCUCCCACCCCCUCCACUCCAGCCACCACACCAUGUCCUCCCACCCCAGCGGGCCCCCUCCCCAGUCCAUGCCCAUGGCCAUGCCCCCCUCUGCCCAGCCCCCUCCCCGAUACCACCAACACAUGCACAUGAGUGCCUCGCCAUGCUAG